UCAAACUCCAAACUUUUUCAGUAAAUUUAGUACCCUCUUCUGUUGACAUCUGUUUUCUUCUCUGUUAGUUUUCCAUAUACAACACUCGAUUCUCCAACUCCCAUAAUUUCUUUCAUUCUUCUCGUUCUUAAUUCCUCCUCUCUGAAUUUCAUACACACCCUUUUUUAUUGAUCGUUUUCAUUUUUACCCGUCUCAGUUUUACAAAAAUUUUUGUGAUCUGAUUGUGUUGUCGAUACAGAAAACAAUAAUCUUUUUGGGGUGGUUUUGAUUGAUUCUAUUUGGGUUUAUUCAAUUAUGAUUGUCUUUUAGGUGUUUUGGUUUUUCUGUUAUUAUUGUUUGUGUGAUCCCUGGAAGAACCUGGUAAUCGAGCAUGGCUUCUAGAGUCUCUUCCAAUCUGAAAUGUUGGCACUUCAGGACCCCUUAUUAUUGUGAUUCAUGGAAGACACCUCGUGUAGCUUCUUCUUCUUCUUUGCUACUGAGGCGCGUCACUGAGAGGAACAACAAUGUUAUGCCAUGUGGGUUGGUCUAUAGGACAAGGAAAUCGAAGGUGCAAAGAGGGAAACCGGUUUACUCUGCACUUUUCGAUGACUUUCACCAAGAGGAAAUGAUGAAUCUGGUUCAGAUUGGUUGUUGUGAUGAAAAUGGUAAUGAAAUCGCUUGUGCUGUCUCUGAUAUUACCCCAAACAAACAACUCAAAAAUGUCUCUGGCAGAGGUUCCUCUGAGGAGUUCAGGACAAUGGAGCCUGAAGUUUUGGAGCCUUCUCUUCUGGGAAUCCAGCCUGAGCCACCGAGCUGGCCAGAGAGGGAUGAGAUUUUGAGACUCAGCUUUGAGAGGAAAGUGAACAGUGUGGAAAUUCCUUUGUCCAUUAGGAUGAUCAAGAAGAAGCUACAAUUAGAGGAGGGUCUCAAAGAAGCUGGUGAGUUCACUGAAUUAACUAACUGUUCUAUGAAAAAGGCCUUCUCCUCUAUGAUGUUUAUCAUGCAUGAGCUUCAAAGCCAGGCCUUGCAAACAAGGGAGACUCUGUGUGGUGAAGACUUGGAAAGUGUCAUGGCCAAGCUUGGGAGAGAAAUGGAUGCUUCGUUUGUUUGGCUCUUCCAACAGGUUUUCUGGAAGACCCCAAUUCUCGUGGCUGAUGUGAUGGUCCUCUUAGCUAACUUCUUGGUAUUCUCAAUGAAUGAAGACACUGUCAAAGCGAUCAUUCCUUCCAUGAUCACAGAGGCUGUAACCUUGACCAACAACGAGAGUAAAGUACAACGUUUACUAGACGGUACUGAUGAUGAUCAAGGUGAGUAUGUGAAGCAAGAGUUGUCAGAAGAGGAGGAAAUGCUGUGGAAUUCCUUGCAAGAGGAGGCUGCAAUUUUGCAAAAGGAAUUGAGGAGUGAGGUUUUGGACCACGAGACAAGGGAGCAGUUUGUGGCCCCAGUAUCCGUGGAGCUUGAAGAGGAUCAUUAUGAGGAAUAUAUCAAAACUGAGCUUUAUUACAAAAUGCAUCUGCUUCGGACACCUCACUGUUCUCUUCUGCUGUCUAACUAUGCACACUUUCUAUUCCUUGUUCUUCAUGACAUUGAUAGGGCAGAAGAGUACUACAAGCGUUCGGUGUUGGUCGAAACACCAGAGGGUGAGGCAUUCAGUCGCUAUGCUGAUUUCUUGUUGAUGAUAAGAAAGGAUGUUUGGGCAGCAGAACUGAGAUAUCUGCAAGCAUUGGAAGCAGAUCCUGGCAACAGUUACUAUUUAUCAAAGUACGCCAAUUUCCUUUGGAACACCGGUGGACAAGAUGCUAAUAGUUUUCCUAUAGAAGAAUUGGACAACUUACAACUAUGACAGUGUUCAUAUGAUUCAUUACAGCUAUGACGUUGUUCAUAUGAUUCACCAUGGCUGCUGAGUGAUGGUACUUUUUGGUAGAAUGAUUGUUGUGAAUGCGUUUUUUUUUUUCCGUUGUUGUAAAUUACUUUUAUGAAGGAAGUGUAAGUGCCAACUCUACCUUCUACCUUUGAGACCUUGAACACACAAUUUCUCCAUCACAACUUCAACUUUUUGUUUGUAGUGAUUCUGUAUUCGUUUGUGGGAACUAAUUAAUAGUUAUAUAAUUUGAUAAGGAAUUGUUAAUUAA